AUGUUGGAACGAUGGUUACUCGAUUUGGACAGGCUAGAUCUAGCCGUCGGUACUUUACUCGACACCGAGGGUUGCUUCAUGCUCUUAGCACGUUUAGCAGAUGUAGCGACCUCGUCGGUGAUGGAGGUGAAGUAUUUACCCUUGGGUGUUGGUUUGGCCUUCGCCUUCACCUUGGCUUUCCCCUUGGUCUCCGCUUUCACCUUCAUCGCCUUCGUGUUCGGAUCUGCUUCCGGCUGUUCUUGA